AUGCUACUCUCCAAUGUGCCAAAGAACGAGGAGCCCGCUGAGGAUGACCCGCAGCUCAUGCGAAUCGUCCAGGGGUUGCAGGGGCUUCUUGGUGGCCCGCAGUUGGAGGUUUUCAAGAAGCAAUACAUUGCCGCCGCGGACGGAGGCGAGGACGACGACGAGGAGACGGGUACCGACCGAGGGGCCCAGUUAUCGCAGCAAGUCAGCCUCGCCAAGCGGUCAAUGCAAAGGGCCACGGCAUGUAAGGAUGAAUGCCAGAAGCGUGUCGACCAACUACGUGAAGAGUUGGAGCAAGCAGAAGAGUCCCUCGCAGCAGCCAAGGAGACGGCCGCCACAAAGUCCAGGGAGUGGGCGGCCAUGGUGCGCCCAGAGGGGGGCGCAGCGGAGGCAGUGCCCACGCCCUCAGUCGCUGGCGCCGCGGCCAUGGGCGAGGCCGAGCAGCGCAUCUUCGCCCAGUUCCUCGCCGCCAACCCUGCCAUCGCGGGGCACUUCGGCAUCCAGAUGCCAGGUGGGGCCGCAGGGGUCGCCCCCGCGCCAGCCGCCGCCGCCGAGGCCCCAGGCGCCCCAGCCCCAGGCGGCCUGGCGCCACCUGGGCCCGCGGCGGCAGGCGUGGCGCCCGCCCCAGGCGCAGUGGCGAGGGCCGCCCGCCAGGCAGCCAUGGGAGCGGGCGCCAGCGGGGGCCCCAGCGGCGGGCGGACCCAGGGCGCCCGCGGCAGGUCGACGGCGGCGAAACUGAAGGUUCUCCCCAUGUUCGUGAUAGCCACGCUUUUCGUGAGCAAUAGUGAGGCAGCAAUCGCCGACCACCCGUACAUAGACUACGCGGCCAAUUUUGGCUACCCGUCCUUCUCUCAGGGCAGCAUCGAGAUCAGCCUCCGCGGCCGCGGCCUCUCGGACGGCGGCGCGGCCGACUGGUGCCUGCGCGCGGGGCCGCGCCUGGGGGCGCUGGCGGCGGAGGCCAACGGCGGCCUGAGCGCCUCGGUGGUCGACCUCUCGGAGAACCGCUUGGGCGGGCAGGGCGUGCACGCGCUGGUGGAGACCAUGCUGAGCUUCAAGAUCAGCGUGCGGGUGCUCAAGCUGCACAAGAACCACAUCACCCCCGACGCCGCGACCGUGCUGGCGAGGUACAUCCGCGACAACCCGAACCCGAUCGAGGAGCUCCACCUGUCUCACAACCGGCUCGACCGCGGGGCGGCGCUGGCGCUCGUGGGAGCGAUGGCGGGCGCGGGCCGCGGCGGCCGGGCCACCUACCCUCCGCAGGCCUCCCGCCGCGGGGGCCAGUUCAGGCCCGCGUGGCUCCGCCUCGACACAACGGCGUCGGCCCUGAUCUGCUCGCCAGCUCCUCGCAGGAGGGCUUCGCGCGCCUGCGCCGGGAGCGGGGCUUCCCCGCGCGGCCCGACGUGCCGGUGCUGUGCGCCGCCUCCUCCCGGGGCGGCCAGUGCCGGGCGGGCUGCUGUCAGUUCCAGCGGGAGCACUUCGGGCCGGUGG